CUUUUGACAUAUUAUUCAUUUCAUUUGCUCCAUACUGUAUAUUCCUUUGUAACGUGUGUCGUCUAUUUUCACUUUGUUAUAGUCAUGAUUAAAAUACAUAUCUCUUUAAUUUUACAAUAGGUAUGCAGAAUGCGUUUAGUGUACAAUUCUUUAUUCUUUAAGUAGGUAUAAGCAUUAGAAAAAAUUAACAAGCUUGUAUCCUGUCCUGGACUCGUUUAUUAAUUAACAAUUAUUAGAUAACGUAUUCAUAUUCAUAUAAUUCGGAGUUUAUAUAUCUACAUAACCUGCUAAUAACCUACAUAGUUACAUAUAUAAUAUAUUAAUAUUAUCAAAAUGAUAGUAAAAUUUAUUUUAUCGUAUUGUAUGGUAAUACAUUUAGGUACAAUAUGUCAACAGGUACAAAUCGACAAAUCCUAUACUGCAGCAGUAGUGGAAUAUCACCCUGUAGAUUAUCCUGGAACAGAAGAUGAACAAUUAGUAGCAAGAGCAAAGACUCAUAUUAAUUUAUUAAAAAAUAUUAAGCAAGAUUUAGAAAUUAUAGUUUACCCGGAAAAGAGUGUAAUUCCUUACGGAGAUGUAUCGCUGCUAAGCACAGUAAUUCCGAAAAAAUUCGACAACAUUAUUUGCAAUUCGACUGAUCAAUUGUAUAAAGAAUAUCUCAAAUUGUUUUCAUGUGCUGCCAUCGAAUAUAAUACAACAAUUGCGAUAACUAUUCUUGAAAAGGAAAAUAAUUGUAAAGUCGAUAGAAAUUGUACUGAUGUUAAAUACUACAAUACCGUGGUGGUAUUUAAUGAACAGGGUGUUGUUUCUGGAAGAUACAGAAAAUGGAAUUUAUUUGGAGAGUUUCAAAUGUCCGUUCCCGAAAAACCCGAUGUAACAGUAAUACAGACUAAAAACAACAUAUCGUUUGGGGUUAUUACUUGUUUCGAUAUAAAUUUUAACAUCCCUGCUAUAAAUCUAACAAAGGAUCUUAACAUAAAGAAUAUUAUAUUUCCGAACAAUUGGAUAUCUGAACUUCCAUAUUUAACAUCAUUACAAGUUCAACAAAUGUGGUCGCAUGAAAAUAACGUGGUUUUACUAGCAUCUGGAGGAAAUUAUCCAAGAACAGGUGCAAGUGGUUCGGGUAUAUAUCUUGGCGAAAAUGGUCCUUUGGAAAGAGUUUUUAUUGGAGGCGAUGGAGGUACCAAAGUAAUAGUACAGACUGUAACAAAUAAUGAAAGUACUCAAAAUGUAUAUAAUCAAAGUCAACUCACAGAUGAAGAUACUGAUGAACUAGCUAAGGAGCUCGAUGGAUUCUUCCUAUUAAGAGAUUUAUCAAUGGACGAUCACACUUCCGUGUUAAUGAACGAAAAUAAAACCAGAAUUUUGGAAGAAGUUUGUAAUGGUGAUUCAGUAAAACUGUGUUGUAAUUUUGACAUAAUUAUUAAUAGGAAUACAUCGACGAUGGGUACAAACCGAUAUAAAUACCAUCUGGUCACGUUUAAUGGAAUCAGAUCGUUUUCUGGUCUUAGAAAUGCUGGCAUAGAAGCGUGUGGAAUCGUUGCGUGCCUAAACGAUUCGCUAUCAUCUUGUGGACUCAGAUUCCGAAAUUAUUCUGAAAUAUAUUGGCCAAUAACGUUCGAAAAAAUCAUAGUCGAAGCCAAAUUUCUAAAAGACGAAAAUCGCGCUCAAUAUCCUAACUCAGUAUUAAGCUCGUUUAGACCAAUAUUGCCAAAGUUCACUUCAUGGGAGAAGAAAGAAGAAGGCAAAUACAUCACACGAAAACAUGUAUUAAAUAAUUCUCAAAAUAGAUUAUUAACGUUCGGUAUAUUUGGAAGAGAUUUUAGUAGAGAUAGCUCGUUAAUAAAACCUAGUAACAGUGGACCAAAAAACAUCGAUAAAAAUGGAGUGAUAAAACUUUCAGUAUUAAUUUUAAUGAAUGUAUUAUUAUUUAAAUAGAUAUGUUUAAUUUUAAAGUUUUAGAUGUGUGA